CGGAACAGCUGAGGGAAGGACUGACGGCCAUGGCCGGGUUGCGCAGACUGGGGCUGGAGGAGGCCCUGGCGCUGGGGCCUAACUGGCGGCACGCGUGCCACGCGCUGCUCUACGCGCCGGACCCCGGGCUGCUCUUCCGCCGCAUCCCGCUGCGUUACGCAGUCCUGAUGCAGAUGCGCUUUGACGGGCGUUUGGGCUUCCCCGGCGGCUUCGUGGAGCUGCAGGACGGCAGCCUGGAGGACGGGCUGAAUCGCGAGCUGAGCGAGGAGCUGGGGGAGGCGGCGGGCGCGUUCCGCGUGGAGCGCGCCGACUACCGCAGCUCGCACGCGGCGUCGGGCCCGCACGUCGUGGCUCACUUCUAUGCGAAGCGCCUGACGCUGGAGCAGCUGACCGCGGUGGAGAAGGGCGCGCCGCACGCCAAGGACCACGGGCUGGAGGUGCUGGGCCUGGUGCGGGUGCCCCUGUAUACCCUGCGGGAUGGCGUAGGAGGCCUGCCGACCUUCCUGGAGAAUACCUUUAUUGGAGCUGCACGGGACCAGCUGCUGGAAGCUCUCAAGGACUUGGGACUGCUAGGAUCUGGUUCUGUCUGUGGGCUUUAAGAGCUCAGCUAUAAAAUCAGGACCUUUGCAUUCAGGAGGGAGGGAGGAGAAAGGGAAUGUUUUCUUUUCCAGGCCUGAGCCUGAUAGGUGGUAACAUAUUAAAAAGAAAGAAGUGUGUGCAAUAUAUUCUGAGCAGAAGGCUCUCAGCAACUCAUGGCAUCAGGGAUGAAAAUCUGCAGCUCAUCCCAGAGGCCCUGGCAAAUUCCCAGACCCUGCCUCCUCCCAGUACAUUUGCACACAUAUAGCCUGGCAGCCCCCAGAGAUGUGAAUGCAAAAUCUGUGCCCACACACAAGCUGAUGCCUCACCAGCCCCUAAAAUUUAGUUUAACCAGGAAAUGGCAUAUGUGGGGCCACUCUGUUGCUGGGGAAGAGCUUCUGAACCACACCCCUAUAUGGCUGUUCUCCAUGGUCUCACCUGUGUUGCGGAGCACAGAGAAGCAGAGGAUGACUUUUCCUUCUGAAACUGGUUGCAUCCUUGCCUGGGAGUUGGCCAAAGCAGUGUGCCCCUGAAAGGUGGUAAAGGGUCCUAACCAGCCCUGACCGGCGUGGCUCGGUUAGUUGCGCAUUGUCCCACAAAGCGAAAGGUUGGCGGUGUGAUUCCCAGUCAGGUCACAUGCCUGGGUGGCAGAUUCAGUCCCUGGUCGGGGCACGUGCAGGAAGCAGCUGAUCGAUGUUUCUCACAUUGGUGUUUCUCUUUCCCCCUCCCUUCCCUUCUCUCUAAAAAUAAAAAAAUAAAAUCUUAAAAAGUGUCCUAACCAACACCAGCUCUACUGAAACCGAGCAGAACAGGCAAGGAAAUGGCUUGCUCUCCUUGAACUGACCUAGAACUUGACACAUUCAAGUACUGAUGCACCUCCUUCAGUGUCUUCAUCUUCUAGAUUCCUUAGAUUCUGGAGACAUCCAAAGGGAGCUCCCCCAGCCCUGGUCUAGCCCUGCUCUGAAAAAAAAAAAAAAAAAAAAAAAAAGAGCCUCCCAAUAAAGAAGGGCUUUUAGGUGGGCUGCUUGGCCCCUCAGCUCUUGGCAGCAAUAUGUAUGAGGUACUGGGGCUCUAAGGAUGAGGGCCAUAGGACUUGCUCUUCUCAGGAUUGGGAAGGUUUUGGUGACUAAUGGUAAAUAUUUUAGGCUUUGUUAGGCCUCAUGAUCUUUGUAGCAACUACUCAAUGCUGCCAUGUCAGAAAUAGUAAUGGUCAGUACAGAAAUAAAUGGGUGUGUCUGUUUCAAUAAAACUUUUUUUUUUAAUUUUUAUUUGCUGAUUUUAAAUAGGGAGUGUGGGGGAGAGAGAAACAUUGAUUUGUUCCACUCAUGCAUUCAUCGGUUGCUUCUUGUAUGUGCCCUGACCAAACCCACAACCUUGGUGUAUAGGGACAACACUCUAACCACCUGGCCAGGGCUCAGUACAACUUUUUAAAAGGAGGUGGCCAGCCUGAGGGCCAUAGGUUGCCAACCCCUCCUGUAGAGAGGAAGAAAAAAUUAAUCAUUUUAAUUAUGAUGUCUAUCUACUUGUUUUAUUUAUGUCAAU